AUGGAAGCGGCGCGGCUCACCUCGGGGGCGCCCUGCCAGCUGUGCGCUGAGAUCCAAGCAGAGGCGGAGAUCUCCAGCCGGGCUGCUCCCUCCUCAGGGACCCGCCGCCGCGCCCCCCUUCCUAGUCGAAGAAGAGGGGGCGCUGACCCCCCCCGGCGAAAGCGGCGCCUGGUGCUGGUCAUCGUGUGCGUGGCGCUGCUGCUAGACAACAUGCUGUACAUGGUCAUAGUGCCCAUUGUGCCAGACUACAUCGCCCAAAUGCGCGGGAGCAGCGACAGCGCCACCCCGAGCACCGAAAGCUGGACGCCCACCGCGCUGCCGCCCACCUUGGCCAAUGCCUCCAUGGCCAACACCUCAGCGCUCCCGACGGCUGCGGGCCCAGCCUGGCCAGCCCUACGGCCCCGCUACCCCACGGAGAGUGAGGACAUGAAGAUCGGGGUGCUAUUCGCGUCCAAGGCCAUCCUGCAGCUCCUGGUGAAUCCCCUGAGCGGCCCAUUCAUCGACCGCAUCAGCUACGACGUACCGCUGCUCAUCGGGCUGGGUGUAAUGUUCUCCUCCACGGUCCUGUUCGCCUUCGCCGAGGACUAUGCCAUGCUCUUCGCCGCACGCAGCCUGCAGGGCCUGGGCUCGGCCUUCGCCUACGCGUCCGGCAUAGCCAUGAUCGCCGACAAGUACCCCGAGGAGCCGGAGCGCAGCCGUGCGCUGGGCCUGGCCCUGGCUUUCAUCAGCUUCGGGAGUCUGGUGGCGCCGCCCUUCGGGGGCAUCCUCUACGAGUUCGCUGGCAAGCGCGUGCCCUUCCUGGUGCUCGCAGCAGUGUCGCUCCUUGACGCGCUCCUGCUGCUGGUGGUUGCCAAGCCAUUUUCUGCCGAGGCUCGAGCGCGGGCCAACCUGCCGGUGGGCACGCCCAUCCACCGCCUCAUGAUGGACCCCUACAUCGCCGUGGUAGCCGGAGCUCUCACCACCUGCAACAUCCCUCUCGCCUUCCUGGAGCCCACCAUUGCCACGUGGAUGAAGCACACGCUGGCGGCGUCCGAGUGGGAGAUGGGCCUGGUCUGGCUGCCGGCCUUUGUGCCACAUGUGCUGGGCGUCUACCUCAUCGUGCGCCUGGAGGCGCGCUACCCGCACCUGCAGUGGCUCUACAGCGCUCUUGGGCUAGCGGUGAUCGGCGCCAGCUCUUGCCUCGUCCCUGCCUGCCGCUCAUUCUCGCCGCUGGUGGUCACGCUUUGCGGCCUCUGCUUUGGCAUCGCGCUGGUCGACACCUCGCUGCUGCCCACGCUUGCCUUCUUGGUGGACGUGCGCCACGUCUCGGUCUACGGCAGCGUCUACGCUAUUGCUGACAUCUCCUACUCGGUGGCCUACGCGCUCGGGCCCAUAGUGGCCGGCCACAUAGUGCACUCGCUAGGCUUUGAGAAGCUCAGUCUGGGGAUGGGGCUGGCCAACCUGCUCUACGCGCCAGUUCUGCUGCUCCUGCGCAACGUGUGCCUCCUGAAGCGCUCCAGCUCCGAGCGCGAAGUGCUGCUGGACGAGCCACCGCAGGGCCUGUACGACGCCGUGCGCCUGCAUGAGCGCACCGCGCAGAGUGAAGACCGGGAGCCCAGCAGCCCGCCUGGCCCUUUCGACGGGUGCGAGGACGACUACAACUACUACUACACCCGCAGCUAGCAACCUCGCUCUUUCUCCAGGCCGCCCGCCCUCCUCCUUCGGGUCCAGAUGGCUUCACUUC